AUGAUCCUCAACUUCAAGCAAAUCCCCUACACUACCUCCUGGAUCGAAUACCCAGACCUCGCCCCCCAACUCUCCUCCCUCGGAAUCCCGCCCAACGACCGCUCCGCCCCGGACUACAAGACCGACUACGCCAUUCCCACGAUAACAAUGCCUGAUGGCACGCACAUGAUGGACUCGUGGCCGAUUGCGCACAAACUCGAAGAGAUCCAUCCCAGCCCGUCGCUGCGUCUGGAUGACCCGAUUGUGCUGAAAGUGCGCGACCAGAUUGCUAAUAUAAUGAAGCCGUUGACAGGCUUUGUUAUACCGAAGGUGCCAAAAAGGGUGCUGAAUGAACGGUCGGCGGUGUACUUCAAUGAGACGCGGAAAGAGCGGUUUGGGAUGAGUUUGGUGGAGGUUGAGGAGACGAUGGCGACGGGAGAGAAGUGGGAGGAGGCGAGGGUACCGGUUUUGGAGGCUGUGGGGUGGUUAGAGGAGAGUGGUGGGCCAUAUUUUCUUGGGGAGACCGUGUCGUAUGCGGAUUUCAUCUUCGUGGGGAUGAUGCAUAUGAUCAAGCGUUUGGAUGAGGAUGUGUUCCAACGGUUCUUGGCCUAUGAUCCCGCGCUGCCGAAGUUGUAUGAUGCGUGCAAGCCGUGGCUCGAGAAGGAUGAUUAG